GCUGGGUAACGUUAACUACUUGUAAUAGGGAGCACUCGACUCAUUUCCUGACGCAUGCGCACGUCAUUUAACUAGGACAGUGCAGUUGGGCCCCACAGAUUGGACUGAAAAGGUAGUAGGGGUAUUGUGACCGUCCAGUGGUCUUGGAAUACUAAGGGCAUAUGUUGUUUUCCUUGUGCUUUAUUUGUUUGAUUUUUUUUUUGUGGUUGUUCUUUGUGAAAAAGCCUGUUGGAUAUUGAUUCUUGCCGGCAACAGCGAGGAGAAGAGUGUAAACAAUUUGACACACAGUUUGGUGACAAGGUUUGUGAAGUAUGGACGGGCAGCGUCGAGAUCAGAAGAACCAUUUCUUGUGGGGCCCUGCAAACGGCAGGCCCUGUGCAAUGGCAGUGGCGGGUUGGCUUAUUGUUGUGUUGUGCUGCCUAGUUCAUCUGCCUCUGUCUGCUGGGAAGGAGUGUGACAAACCUUGUGUGAAUGGGCAGUGUAGCACCUUGACUGGACAGUGUGUCUGUGAAUCCGGUUGGGUAGGGGACCAGUGCCAGCACUGUGGUGGACGGUUCAAAUUAACUGGGAGUUCUGGAUAUUUAACGGAUGGACCUGGGAAUUACAAGUACAAAACUAAAUGUACAUGGCUAAUAGAGGGACAGCCUAACACAAUAUUGAGGCUUCAUUUUAACCACUUUGCAACAGAGUGCAGUUGGGACCACUUGUAUGUUUAUGAUGGAGACUCUAUAUACUCACCUUUACUGGCUGCUUUCAGUGGCCUCAUUGUUCCAGAGAAGUACGGUAAUGAGACUAUUCCAGAAGUCGUUGCCAAGUCUGGCUAUGCCUUGUUGCACUUUUUCAGUGAUGCAGCAUAUAACUUAACUGGCUUCAACAUCACUUACACAUACAAUCUUGAAUCUCGAGAGUGGAUUCAGCUGAAUUCAACAGUAAACUCUGUACCUGCCAGAUAUGGCCAUUCUUUGGCUGUGAAUGAGGGUAAAAUCUUCAUGUAUGGUGGUAAAUUUGAUUCAACAGGGAAUGUCACCAAUCAACUCUGGGUAUUUCAUAUAAAAAACCAGUCUUGGGUUCAGAUGGCUCCUGCUGUCAGUGAACAGUAUGCUGUUGUGGGCCACUCUGCUCAUGUCGUCAGGAUGCAGGACGGGACAGCAGUUAUGCUAGUCUUUUUUGGACACUGCCCUCUGUAUGGAUACAUCAGCAAAAUUCAAGAGUACAAUAUUGCAAAAAAUGCAUGGCAAAUCCUUUCUACCCAAGGAGCUCUAGUCCAAGGUGGAUACUGUCAUAGCAGUGCCUACGAUGAAAAAAGUCGAGCUAUUUACAUCCAUGGGGGCUACAGGGCUUUUAGUGCAAACAAAUACGGAUUGGCAGAUGACCUCUACAAGUAUGAAAUAGACACACGCAUGUGGAUAACAUUUUUUUUCUUUUAUAUAGCAUGUGAUGAAUGGCAUGAGCUGCUCAGACCAAAUCUUGAACAUGCUGUCAACAGAUUUGGCCACUCAGCUGUGUUUCACAAUGGCACAAUUUAUGUCUUUGGAGGAUUUAACAGUCUUUUGCUGAGUGAUGUGUUGAUGUUCACACCAAAGAGCUGCAAAGCACUACUUGAUGAAGAUUCUUGCAAUGAAACAGGGCCUGGAUUACGCUGUAUAUGGAACAGUAACUUUUCUCACUGUCUGCCUUGGGAGAUGUCAUCAAGCAAAGAAGAAAAACAAGUUCAGUCUUCUUGCCCUGUCAAAGCAAGUGCUGAUGAUGAGAAAUGCCAUGAGUACACAGACUGUUACAGCUGUACAGCAAACACUAUUGGUUGCCAGUGGUGUGAAGAGUGUGUGUCCAAGAGUAGUAAUUGUACCAACAGCCAAGGCCCAGUUACAGUAUAUGGAGGCUGUGGAAAGGAUCACCCUGAAUAUUUCUGUAAUAAAAAGACCAGCUGUAAAAGUUGUGCCAUGGACCAGAACUGUCAGUGGGAACCCAGGAAUCAAGAGUGUAUUGUAUUACCUGAAAAUAUAUGUGGAAAGGAUUGGCGUUUGGUUGGAAGCUCUUGUCUAAAAAUCACCCCGACUAAAGAGAGUUAUGACAAUGCAAAGCUGUCUUGUAGGAGUUUUAAUGCUGUAUUAGCAUCUUUGACAACCCAGAAGAAGGUGGAUGUUGUCCUGAAUGAGUUACGAGAGAUGCAGGAGCUUAAGAAACCGCCACUAACACUAACUCCAUGGGUUGGACUCAGGAAGAUAAAUGUGUCAUACUGGUGCUGGGAGGAUAUGUCCCCUUUUACCAAUACGUCAUUACAGUGGUUGCCAGGAGAGCCGAGUGACGCUGGCUUUUGUGGCUAUCUUGCGGAACCGUCAUAUUCUGGCCUGAAGGCAGCGACCUGCAUCAAUGCAGUUAAUGGCAGUGUUUGUGAAAAAACAGCUAAUCAGACUGCAAAGCAAUGUCGUAUUCCAUGUGCUCUGAGGAUGACAUGUACAGAAUGCACCAGUGGGAGUUCUGAAUGCAUGUGGUGUAGUAACAUGAAGCAGUGUGUCGACUCCAAUGCUUAUGUAGCCUCAUUCCCAUUUGGUCAGUGUAUGGAGUGGUAUACCUCAAACACUUGCCCACCUGAAAAUUGUUCUGGCUACCGUACAUGUACUCAGUGCCUGGACCAGCCGGGAUGUGGCUGGUGCACAGACCCCAGCAACACAGGAAAAGGACAAUGUAUUGAGGGUUCAUACAGAGGACCAAUGAAAGUGCUGUUGCCAAAUACUUACCAGGAAUCUUUUCUGAAUACAAGCAUGUGCCCAGCACAAGACAAAUUCAAUUGGUCUUUCAUUCAGUGUCCAGCUUGCCAGUGCAAUGGUCACAGUAAAUGUAUUAACGAGAGUAUCUGUGAAAAGUGUGAGGAUCUAACAACAGGCAAACACUGCGAGUCUUGUAUAUCUGGUUACUACGGAGAUCCUACCAAUGGCGGCACAUGUCAGGUCUGUAAGUGCAAUGGCCAUGCAACCAACUGUAAUUCAUUGUCUGGAAAAUGCUUUUGUACUACUAAAGGCAUCAAAGGAGAUAAAUGCCAGCUGUGUGAAGUUGAGAAUCGUUACCAAGGCAAUCCAUUAAAAGGGACUUGCUACUAUUCACUGCUUAUUGACUAUCAGUUUACAUUCAGUCUGUCUCAAGAAGAUGAUCGCUACUAUACAACAAUAAACUUUGUUGCAACACCAGAGGAACAAAAUCGAGACCUUGACAUGUUCAUAAAUGCUUCAAAAAAUUUCAAUCUCAAUAUCACUUGGGCACCAAGCUUUCAAGGUGGUACUCCAACAGAUGAAAUCCCAGUCGCGUCAAAGACAAAUAUCAAGGAAUACAAAGACAGCUUUUCCAAUGAAAAGUAUGACUUCCGCAGUAACCCAAACAUCACCUUUUUUGUUUAUGUUAGCAAUUUUACAUGGCCGAUUAAAAUACAGGUUUCUUCCUAUAGAUGGCGCAAUAGUACCAGUUUCAAUAUUGCAUUUUCUCAACACAGCAACUUUAUGGACCUGGUACAAUUCUUCGUAACCUUUUUCAGCUGUUUCCUUUCUCUACUGCUUGUCGCUGCUGUGGUUUGGAAGAUCAAGCAGAGCUGUUGGGCGUCACGACGGAGAGAGCAACUUCUUCGGGAGAUGCAGCAGAUGGCAAGUCGGCCUUUUGCCACAGUUAGUGUUGCUUUAGAAACAGAGGAAGAACCACCAGAUCUCAUUGGAGGAAGCAUUAAAACUGUUCCCAAACCUAUAGCAUUGGAACCAUGUUUUGGAAGCAAAGCAGCAGUCCUCUCAAUAUUUGUGAGGUUGCCACGAGGAUCUGGAGGCAUUCCUCCACCAGGCCAGUCAGGUCUUGCAGUAGCCAGUGCUUUAGUGGACAUUUCUCAGCAAAUGCCUAUAGCUUACAAAGAAAAAUCAGGAGCUGUACGAAGUCGAAAGCAUCCACCCCUACCACAGCCUGGGACCUGUGUUUAGUGUACAGCUGUGCUGAACUGUCACUGAUGUUAAAUAGUAGGAAAAAAAAUGAAAUUUAGGAAGAUGUUUUCUGUUCAAAUUUCCAUCCAUCAGACUCUCAGAACAACAUUGCUUUUCUGUGUGGCGUUCAUCUCAUCUGCAUGGUUGGAUUUAACUGGAGAUGACACUUGUUUUACAGCAGCUGAAUAAUUAGUUAUUUUCUUUCUGAAGAAUUUUAAUCUGCUGAUAAGCUAAUACAUUUUAUCGUGAUGAAGACCAGUGUUUUCCAAAAAGAACAAAUGAUUAUGCUGCAAACUGAAUAAUACUCAGGAUAUAUGUUGUUUA